AGCUAAAAUUCUGUGUACGUAGACAAAAAAAAUCAACGUAGUUCUCUCUUCAUUCUCAGUAGUUUGAGUUCGCAGUAUUUGUAUCCGUCUCCAGCUCACUUUUACAAACCACCAGCAUUUUUAACGAUGGUCGCCAAACAGAGGAUUCGUAUGGCCAACGAGAAACACAGCAAAAACAUCACCCAGAGAGGCAACGUCAAAGCAUCGAGAAACGUCAAUGAAGAUAAAGUCUCGGUGGGACCGUGGCUCUUGGCGCUCUUCAUCUUUGUUGUCUGCGGCUCAGCAAUAUUCCAGAUCAUUCAGAGUAUUCGAAUGGGCAUGUAAAGAGGACCAGUGAUGUUUCAAGUAUGCUCUCCUUGCCAGUUCCAUAUACUGCAACUUUAACAAGGAUCCUCUCUUCAAGGCUUUGUGCUGAUUUUAUUGGUUUAUCGUCUAUGAGGUGCAGCAAUCUUGUCAUUCCUCUCUGGUGCCUUGUUAAUGAAGAAAAAUCAAAAAGCCAUAAAAUUGCAUUCCGAUCAA